GAGAGAGCGUUUGCGCGCGUGCGUGCGUGCGUGCGGGCGCGUCAUCAGGGGUUGGGGUUUCGGCGGGCGCUGUUUUCUCGCUCGCAGUGCUGACCGGCUGAUCGCGGAGGAAACCUGUCACAUCGGAGCCACGAGUCAGUCAGCGGACGCACGGAGACCGGGGAGGAUGGAGGAGAUGAGGGCGGGCGCGUGCACGAGUCACACGCUGAUUUGCAUCUCAUGCAAAUCGAGUCACUUCGCCUACUUCUACUUUCCACAAGAUCCACAAAGAAUGUAGUCAACACCGGAGAUGAACUUCAAGAGAAGGUAGCGGUCAACAAGUAAACAACUAUCAACUGUAACUGAGGUGGGGCAAGUUGCACGUAACCCCCCUUCCUCUGCCUCUCCUUGGUCUUCUAUACCAUGAACUCUGGCUCUGCCCAGGAUGUGGCGGUGGAGCAUUUCCUGCGUGACAUAGAAAGGCGGGGCCAGCGGUUGCACUGCGCUGUGAUUGGCUGUGCCGAGGCGCCUACCCGUGGCGACAUGAACCUGCUGUACCGGAAGAGUCGACUGGAUUGGAGACACCGAGAUCAGGAGGGCAAGAAGAGCUGUAAAGAUGCCUCAUCGGCAACGGUGGGGAAGGUGCGUGACCUGGCAUCAUUCCGUCGUCAUUUCCGUAUGGGCUUCAUGACGAUGCCCGCAUCUCAGGACCUCUCGCCGCAUUCCUGUGCUGCUGCCAUGGCGCCACGCUCUCAGUCAUGCCACGCCGUGGGCACUGGUGAAGGAGAGGGCCUUGAAAAUGGUGACGACCCUGACUCGGACGCUCAGAUGCCCUCUCACACUGGACGAUGCCCCCCAGCUAAGCCUAAACGUCACCCGAGCACCCGACUGAGCUCCACGCCACAGCAGGAGCACACAGGACGUGGUGGACAUGCACCACCUGAUGCCCCUCCACCUCCACCACCCCAACAUCCACCCAAACAUCCUGAGAAGAAGAAUGCAAUGAAGAAGUCAGACUCCAGUGAGUUGCUGGGCAGGAAGGUGCCUCCCCAGAAGCCCAAACGGAGCCCGAGCACCCAACUGUCCUUUGAUGCUCCACCCCUUAGGCUUCCACCACCAGCCACACCCCUGCCAUUCCAGAGUGCCGAGAGCACCGGCGAUGAUGAGCCUGUAUACAUUGAGAUGGUGGGUCAAGUGUUCACCCGGGAGACACCUGGUGUGCCAACACCCUCGGCCACAACACCUGACUCUGACUCAGAUCCAGGCGAGGAAGCUAUUUAUGAAGAGAUGAAGUACCCAGUGGCUGAUGAUGCCCACCAGCGACGCCUCCCACCAAAGCAUGAGCGAGCCAAGUCAUCGAAAUCCUACACAUCUUCCUCUGUCUCUUCUUCCUCCACAUCUUCUUCACUCCCUCGGCCCUCGUCCUCAUCACCCUCCUGUCCUUUGUCAUCCUCUAAGCCUAAAUCUGCCGUGUCCAUCUCUCACUCUUCCCCCUUACCGUCAUCUUCCUGCUCUGCCUCCUCCACACCUGUUCCUCAGCCUCUCUCAUCCUCACCACACCCUCCUCGAGCCCCUACCCCCUUCCUCUUGCCAGGCACCAAAUCAGAGUCUGAGAUCGGAUCCAGUAAGAUCCCUGCGCCUUUCCCCAACCUGCUUCAACACAAGCCACCCCUGCUGGCUUUUCCACCCCCAAAGAGUGGCUCUUCCAAGCUCGGCUCCAGCAGCAGCCCAUCACCAGCCAGCUUACCACCUACCAUUGGCAGUUCUGCUUCAAAGGAAGGAAAUGUUGGGGAGAAGGAAAAGGAGAGGAAGGAAGGGCCAGCACCAGGCUUACGAGCUCGGAGCCACUCAACACCUUUGCCUCCAUCCUCAAAAUCUUCCUCACCAUACUCACACCAUCAUCACCAUCAUCACCCACACCACAGGCCCUCACACUACCACCACUAUCGCAAACCUGAGAAAGAGUCAAGUAAGACCUCGCAGGGUACCUCGCAGACCUCAACACAAACUCAGACACAGGCCAAAGAGGGCAAGUCAGUCAGUUUUCUUCUGAAGUCAGACAAAGCCGAGAGGGAAAGGGAUCGAGAGAGAGAACGAGACAGAGACCGUGACCGUGAUCGUGAUCGAGAAAGGGAUCGAGACAGAGAUAGAGACACUCCAGUAACACAGUCAUCCAGCCAAGUUGACACGGCUGCCUCUACUGCUGCCACUACAACCACUAGCCUUCCAAUGUCUUCAUCCACGUCAUCGGGGAUGUCGUCCACAUCCUCCGCAUCGCAGAGGCCUCCGUCUCGCUCAGUUCAGCGUUCACACACUCCUCACACACACCUCCCAGCCUAUAAGCCCCCACCUUCAGACAGCCCUCUGCUCUGGACAUACCCAUCUGCAGGAUUUCGUCGUCCUCCAGCUUAUGACAGCUUGCGUGCUGGCACACCGAUGCCCUCCCUGCAUCCAGAGGGUGGAACCAAGGCUGGGAGCACCCAGGUUCCACAUGCGAAGGCCGGGUUCCUGCCCUGGGAUGCCAGUGGAAGUGGUCUAGGCUUCACUGAUGAUCAGGCCUACUGGCCCAUGCACAGGAAGCUCUCCUUCAGCCAUGGCAGCAGAGAGACAGAGAAAGAAGAAGGCCGUAUCUGGAAUGGUAGUACAGAUGCUCUGCUAAGAAGAGACAGAGAGGAUUCUGUGGGUAGUGGUCGGGCUGGAGGAGUUUCUGGAAUCCCUGUACGGGCUUCAGGAAGAAUUGGGCACAGUGAGAGUCUAGCGGGAGCAGAUGGGCCACCAGGUUUAAGAGUAAUGCCCCGCACAGGACUGCCCCUGCCAUGCCAGACCUUCCCUGCCUGCCGCAAUGGAGAGCUCGGCCGGCUGGGUAGAUCAUCCUCCACAUCUGGAGUAAAGCAAGCAGGAGGGGAUAUUCAGAGACAAAGUAGUCUGCCAGCUAGAGAAGCUCUAAACCAGUUGCAAGCUCUCUCUCAGGCACCCUGCAGUCCCUCUCUGGCUCGUGCUCAGGCUCAGACCUUGACUCAAGCUCAGGCUCAGUUCCACCUGCAGCAGCUCCAGCAGCACCACCUGCAGUUACAAUUCCAGCACCUGGCCCAGCUGGCAGCACAGGCUCAGGCCAUGCCAGGCACAGGCAGCACCUCUAUUGGCAUAACAGCCAGCACAGGCACGAUGGGCACAUCCACCCAGCGGGAUGGCAAGCUUCUGGAGGUGAUUGAGAGGAAGCGUUGCCUGUGCAAGGAGAUCAAGGCUCACCGGCGGCCAGAUAAAAGUCUGUGCAAACAGGACAGCAUGCCCAUCCUGCCAAGCUGGAGGAAAACACCCGAGCCACGUAAAACAGGCACACCGCCUUGCCAGAGACCUCAGGCCGUGGUGUGGGACACGGCUAUCUGACACACAGAGAGAGGGACAGAAUGACUGAGAUACACUGAUGUUGCCACUUUAUUAAGUACACCUAACAUCAUUCACCUGACAUUUGGUUAAGUAAACCUACCAUGUGGGGGUACAACAUGUAUAUGAUUAGUGCUCCAUUUAUACUUUAAUUCAGCAAUCAGUAUUGCUUUUGCAGUUAUUAUUAGUUUUGUUCCUACAGUACCCAAAUUUAGUUGGUUCUCUUGAUCAAAUUUUGUAAAAUGAACAGUCUAUUUGAAACCACCAUGACCUCCACACAUUUGUCACCUUAAGCUUCAUAUCUGACCAAAAGAAACCAAAAGUCUUUUUUUUGCGUCCCACAGGAUCCCAGAAAUGAUGCACUGAAAUACAAUAUAAAACACCGUGCCUCCUGUCGGUAUAUGUAUUCGAAUCUAUUUUGAACACAUUAUCUGUUUGUUCUGAAUAUUUAGUUAAGGUGACAUGGCAAAUUUGUAGAUAUACAGUUACUGACUGUAGCCCAUCAGUUGCUAUGCACCAAACCUCAACAACACUGCUGUGCCUAAUACACUUACCACCGCAUUACAACUGUUGCUGCUGUCCUGAGAGGAUCCAACACCCUAAUAAGAUCUUCUCCUUGGUCAUCUUAUGGUUUUUAUUUAACGGACAAGUUCGCGGGAGGCUGAUACAUUGAGCCAGAAAUAACGCUACAGUUAGUAACUUUAUUUCCUACAAAAUGCCCUUAUAUGGUAUGGUAUAGUAUGUGUACAUGAUGAAAUGGCAACUGAGUGUAAAUACAACAGAGAUGUACCUAAUAAAUUGGCAAACGAGUGCUACAUGUCAUGUUCUGCAAGAGAGAACGUUGAAAGGAGAAGAAUGAGGAUGGAGGAAAUAUUAAUAAACUCAGACAAACAUGGAAUCUGUGAAUGUUGAAAACAAAGACGGGUGUAUUAUAAACAUGUAGAGUUCGUAUUGUAUAUCUUGGGGGUGGGUUGCUUCGUUGUUGUUGGUUUUUUUUUGGGGGGGGGGGGGGUGAUGAUAUCACACAGCAUUUUACGUGCCAUAUAAAGACUAUAUAUACAUAAACACACAGGAGAGACACGUUUCAGCCGAGACUCCUUUUACCUACCAUGCCUCAUCGCGACUUCUGAGAGAACUACAACUGAGUUUACAUUUAAAAAAAAAAUACAUACUGGACUUCUUAAACAAACCAUUGGAGCUCUCUGUACAUGUUCUUGAGGGGAUGGAGAAUUUCUCCAGCCAGGAGGAUAAAGGGAUGAAAAGAUUGUAUGAUGUUUGACACGUCACGAAGGACACUGAAAUGCAGCCGGGUGAUUCUACAUUCCAGAGCGUGUGUGUGUGUGUGUGUGUGUGUGUGUGUGUGUGUGUGUGUGUCUGGAUUGUGGAUAUGGAGGACAGGACAGACCUAAAAUGAAAGACCUGGAAAGCGAUAUUUUGCUGUAGAUGAGCACAUAGUGUGUAUAGAAUUAAAACUAGUCAAAUUCCAGAAAUACACACACCUACACAGACCAGAAGGUAUCAUUCAAACACACACACGCACUCAGUACAUACUUACACUGCUAAAGCAAACACACACACACACACACACAGACACGCACAGACAUGCACAGACACACCAACACAUACUUAUACAGUACUACUAAAUCAAAACACACACAUUGUAAAGUAUGGAGGUGUGUAGUGCUGGUGUAGUUUGUAUAGGAGUGCUAAUUUGCUGGGUUUCUUGUUACGUUGAUAUUAUUGAUCGCGCGUGAAGGUGACCUCUCUCGGUUGCGUUUUGAUUGUUUAUACUACCUAAGAAUUAAACGCAAAAAUCGAUGAUUCUCACGCGUUCGUUUUGACUUUCGCAGUAGCUCCCGAAAACCUUAACGGAGUCUGUUCACACAGAUCAGACUGCCCCCAAAAAGAUCUUCAUCACAAGCAGCAAGACCACGGAUGUCCACUUUUUGGACGUGAUGGAGAUUCCAGAUGGGAGUCUUGUUGCCUAGUGUACUUACAUAUUGAACAAGAUAAUAAACGGAAAAGUGAAGCUAGUUGGCAAUGAAAGGAAAACUUCACUGUUUUUCAACUACAUCUCUAUCCAAUGUAUCUGCAUAUGUGGCUUUGUAAGAACAUUUCUUCCAUAACUUGAUACCUUUGUUGUUAAAGUAUAAUGUUUAUAGAUUUGUUUCCUUAGUGGUUUAGUGGUUAGCAUGUGUGUCUCACACCUCUGGGGUUGGGGGUUCAGAGGUUUCCUCUGCGUACUCUGGAUUCCUCCUCUAGUCCACCAACAUACUGAUUUCUAAAUUGGCCCUAUUGUGUGCUCUGUUUUGGGUCCGUCCAGGGUGUCCCACCGCCUUGUGCCCCAAUAUGCUCCAGCCUUAAUUUGGCUCAAUGUUGCUACAGAAAGUGGGCAAAUGGUUACAUAUCGUCUCUGUCGGGCGGAAACCUCGUAUCUCCAAAACCAUUAUUUUUCAGGAAAUUAAAAAAACACUGUAUCUUAUCUGCAAUGCACAGGGUUUAGUCCGCGUUGCGGUGGAUUGUCUUGCUCUAAAUUCCUGUCCUCAGAUGAGCACCAGGGGGUCAAGAUGUUUUUUUCUUUGAGCCCAGUAUUUUGAAGACAUUUGCCUCGGAAGACGUGUUGAUUCGUUGCGACUCAUAAUAUCGAGGAUUGACAGUUGAAGUGUCCAAUGGAGUUAAGAGAUUUGCGCUCAAGCUAUUUUCAAGACAAAAGUGGGGACUGACCAAUAGCAUCGAUAUGUGAAAAAAUAUUAAAUAUUAUUUAAAAAAUUUGGACAUACAAGGUUUCCGCCCCGACAGAGACGAUAUUUAAAAGGUGUCUGGAUAUAAUUCAAAAUCUUUCCAUCAUUUUUAUUUUAUAGUACUGAAGAAAACGUUUCUUUCUGCAAGAAGAAGCUAAUUGCUGUUUGUGAUAAUCGAACACAUCGAUGUGUUGGAUGGAAAUUCCACUGAAAAACCCUAAAGUAUUCCUUUAUCGUUCUAUCGUCAUGCUGAAACCCACAAUCUCACUUCGAUCUGCUCGGUUAUGGUUUGGCAUUUUCUUGAUUCUAAAAGAAUCGGAGAAAGUCUCUGUAAAUUAAUCGGUUAUCGUCGUCAUUUUCCGUGUCUGGCAUCAGUGCUUGUGUCAUUGUUUACUUAAACCAAACCUAAAGUGUAGAUCGACGAUUUUUGCGUGUUUCAGGAUGGAGUAAAUAAGAUCGGAUAAUCCAUAUCUUGGAUGGAUCUGCAGACGGAUCCGUGACUCUGUAUCAUAUGUUAAUCCAUGUAUAUAAGUUUAAAGUAUUAUUGCCUCUUCAUAUCAGUGACGGCGUCAUCAUAAGUGUCAGUCGUAUGGAAUUGUGACAGAGAUUCGUUUGAGGUUGGUUAAGGUUCCAUCACUCUCUCUCUCACACACACACACACACACACAAACAUACACACACACACACACACACAACAAACAAACACAAACACACACAGGCUCUGCCAUUCAUAUCAGACACUAAGAGGCAAACCAAAAUCAACUUCUGUUCCUUUGUUGUGUGGCCUGGAUGAUCACUCGCGCUCCUCAAACGAAUAAACAAAAAUGCUGGAACUAACUGCACAAUACAGAAACAACAACAACAACAACAACAACAACAAAAAUGCGAAAACCACACAGGAUGUGCUACAAUAAACACACAAGGGUUCAAAAUUGUAAAAUAGAUAUGUAAAACUGUAUUGAUUAUGUAGCAAAUCUUUCCACUUUCAUACUUGUAAUCGACAAGUAUACUGUAGCAUAUGAUGUAUAAAAAAAAAAAGUAAAAGGUGUUUAAUUGUUUUAUAAAGGAAUUUAGUAGUUAUAUCUGUGGCAACCUGUCUACACUGUACCGAAUGGUUUGGCCCAUCGAAAUGCAAGCCCUCUUACUAAAGGCACGGUCACAGACACAACAAUACAGUAUCUCCUGCUAGAAUUAUGCAAGUCCCUUUAAAACAGGUCUACUUUUACUGCUUUUUUAAUCUAUUUGUUUAUUUAUGUACAGGAACCACCAGCCCAGUUUGGUCACUGUUUGGAUAUUUUGGAAUACUUUUGCUGCUAUUGAAUUACUACUGCUGUUAUAAAUAGUUUGUCAUAUUCCUCACUACUGGUAACACUUCUCUUAUUAUACCUCUUCCUUUUUUUGCUGCAUUUGAAUGUUCCUCUGUUGUUUUUUUAUUAUUAUUAUUAUUAUUAUUAUUAUUAUUUCCUUGAGGUCAGAGUAGAACAGAGUUUGGCCUAACUAUUGAGGAGUAGAUCUUUCCGUGAUUGUACUAUGGCACGCAAGUGUUUUUUUUUUUGUUUGUUUGUUUGUUUUUUUCGUUCUCUUUUUGUGGUUGUGUUUAAACUUUGUCGUUUCUUUCUAAACAGUUAUCACCAACUUGUACAGUUUUCACUUUAUCAACACUACUGAGAAACAGAAAGGUCGCAUCGCAGCGUCGUCAACGCCGUUACCGUCUUCAUGGUGUCAUUAUGGUGUCGCCCUGGUGUGGCCAUUAAGCUACCAUAACAUUAUAGUGGUGUCAUCAAGGCCUUGUCAUGAUGUUUCUAUGGUAUCGAUCAUAGUAGUACCAUUUGACUACUUUUUGGCCUGAUGUUGUCAUGGUGUUACAGGGAAGUUGCUAUAGUGUCAUCAUGGUGUACUAAUGAUGUAACAGUUGUGUUUCUUCUUCGAUCACAUUGACGCCACAUGACGGAUUUGAGAACACCGAUACUAUUCUGUCAUGGUGGCAUCUCAUGGUGUUACCUUGAGGUUACUGAAGUGACAUCAUGAUGAUAAUGAAUGGUUACUGUGUAGUUAGUUAUCAUGCUGUUAGUGUAAUGUUCUGACUGUCCUGGUAGCGCCAUAUGACCUAGUUGGCCACUAUGAGUACUCUAUCAGUGCCCUUGUGUCACCAUGAUAUCAUCAUGAGGUCAGAGUGGUGACACCAUAGUGUUACUGUGGUUACACCAUGGUGUUCUCCUAAUGUUACCAUGACGUUGUUGGCAAUCAUGGUUAACACCAUGCCACCCACAACAAGUGCACGGUCAAGUUGUUACCUUGAGGUUGCUCUGGUCUCAGCAUGACGCUCCUGUGGUGUCACCAUGGUGCUCUCAUGACUGUUCGCCAAUGUCGCUGACAAUCACCACAUGACCCAGAUGGGUUCUAUCAGUACAAUCUCUGUCAAACAGAAAGAAGAAUCACAAUAGAGGAAGUAGAGGGCUGGUGCAAUGCAUGCUGGGAGUUCUCAAAGGAUUCCAACUUAGAGAAGGGUUGGGCUGUGUCUCGGUCUGAAUAAACUGUGCCCAAAAUUUGUACUUCAAAUAUUCUAAGUAAUCAUCUAGUUACAAUUUAUUACAACGAAGGGGUAGAAUUAAUGAUAAAACUAGUUUACAGAAGCUGUCGGCUUUGCGUGUCUACUUAAAUGGUGGCCAUAUUAUGAGUGCCAUAAUAUAUUGAUAUGGUAAGAUACGAUGUACCUUGGAAAUCACUGUAGUGCUAUAUUUGCAUUGAUAUCGUCAUGAAAUAAAUUUUAUAUGAUGAACUACA